AUGAACUCAGCUGAGCACCACCCGACUCCCCCGCCCCCUGGCGCUGACGGCGGUGGCGUACAAGACUGCCUGAACGUCCCUGCAGCAGGCGCGAUGGAGUCCGAAGAGCGACUGGUGGGGAACGAGGGAACGCGCGACAUGCAAGGACGUGCAGGUGAAGUCUCUUCUCCCUCCCCUUUCGACUCUCCCCUUUCCUUCAAUGGCCAUCCUACGGCAUCGCCGCCUGACCCGACGGAUACGACGCCGAAAGUGGGCACGGCUCCGAGGGGAAGUAGCAGCAUUGGCCACCAACGCCGUGAAGAAGUGCCGGUCGACACUGUUGAAGACUUCAUCCUUGCGCAGAGAGACCCAGAUUCGCUCGGGUCGACGGUAGAGAGCGACGCAUCGCUCCCAAGCACCCCGUCAAAACCCGCCGCUGUCGGAGCGAUCUUCUUUGCUCCCAGAACGCCCACGACGGCCCCCCAAGUCGAAGUACACCCGGGUAAAGCGCAGAGCAACGGCAACCCAUCCUCUGGGACGCUGACGGAGAGACUCAUGCGCUCGAGGACGAAGGCCCGCGCUGAACUAGCGAACACGUCGGGACGCCGCGCUGAAGGCCCUGAGACUCCUGGCGCGCGGAGCUCGGUUGUUAUGCUCGCCUUUCCGGCCCUGGGGAGAGCUCCGGGCGACGGCGCAAACGAGCAGGAGGCGGCCUCUUCCUCCCAGACAGCGGCUGACUUUCACAACACGCCCCAAACGACCCCCUUACCCGGGAAGGGCGGCGACUGGACGAUGAGCUACGACCAAUACAUCGCGGAAGCGGGCCGUAUGUAUUUCGCGCAGAAAGCAGCGCACGAGGCCGCGAACGCGGUGACGAGUGGGGAACCCAAGGAGAAACUGCGCGAGAGUACGAGCGUGCAGGAGCCCGAGUCGGCCCCCCCGCAGACGUUCCCCGUAAGCACGAGCACGUACAGCGCGUUGGCGGGAUGGGAUGGAGGCGCGAGCGCGCCCAAUGGACACGCGGCGCUGGCCAAUACUGGCGCGACGGCCUUUGCGAACCUCGCGCCGGCUCAACAGCAAGUCUUGACCGUGCAAGCUCUGCUAGCGCAGCAAGCGGGGGCGGCGACGACUCAAGCUCAACCACCGCAGCACGCGAUGACGCCACAGCUCCCCGGCGAGAGAGACAGGAGCACGUCCCUCGACGACAUGGACAUCGACGCGCCGAACUUCGCGCAACAGGCAGAGUCGAGCAUCGUGAACGCGCCCUCGACGGCGGGCGAUGCACCGCAGCGCGCGGAUGGCUAUCCUCUACCGCAGACCGCCCCGCGCCCCCUGACGUAUGCGUCGGUGCCCCGCUCAGCGGCGCCGAGCUCGCACGAUCUGACCGCGGCUGCGCCAACCUCCCAGCCCGUCCCCGGUCCAUCGACGAGCAUGCACUCCACUCGAACGCCGCACCCCGCAGAGCUCCCCCAUCCCUUGCAGCUGCUGCCUGACCGUGUCUCGGUGCCCGCGAACUGGGCUGCGAUGCUGAACGAGAGCGGGGUGCUGGCUGUCAUCUGCGAGCCCGCGGAGGGCUUCCCGGAGUUCCACGGCAUAGGCCUUGACUGCGCGCUCCAAGGCAUGUCGGCCAGAAAGAAGUCUGGGUGGCGAAUGCUAGACCCGGAGGUGGACAUCAUCGUCUUCGUUCAGAGUCAAACGGACUUCUACGAGCAGCGCGGCUAUCUCAAGGCUGUCCAGGAUCUAGUCACCGUGGUCGUGGAGAAAGUCACAGGCGAGAAGGGAUUCGAGAUCACCAAGCCGGACAAGGAGACCAUGGGUCUGCAAGACGGUGACUACGGGCGAGCAUGGCUCAUCCACGGCCUGUCGCCGUUCGGACGAGCACUCUUCAGGACGCAGAGCGCCUGGCUGACAAGGGAUGUCACGCUCAAGCUUAUCUCGACCUACCGAGGCCUCUCACGCUACGUCGCGUCGUACAAAGGCUUCGACCACGACAAGGUGGAGCGCGUCCGGGGUGCCCUGCUCGAGACGCUUGGGGAGAGUGGAGAUCUCGCGGCCCUAGCGAGCAUUCUCUCUGAGAACAACGGGCACCGCCCGGGGGUCAAUUACGACCUCAUGGCUGAAGAAGAGAUCCGGAAGAUGGAGAUCGUCGUCUACCGCGAAACGCUCAGGAGUCAGACGACGAGCGCGGCGGGCGGGAGCAACGAGGAACCGAAAGGUGAAUACAUCGCCUCCUUGUACUGCGACCCCCCGGUGCGCGAGCCCCUCUACCACGCCUGGCUCGAGUGGUGCCAGAACGUUGCUAAUCGGGAACUCACGAGCACCUUCCACGACGACGCGGCCGUCCCCUGGUUCCCCGUACGCUGCACGGCCUGCCAUGGCUGCGACCAUGACCGUAUCAACUGCCCCUUCGCUCGUAUCCCCGGAUGGGAUGGCGCACUCAGGGUCAAGUUCGAGGAGAACGGCGCGAACUUCACGACGGAGGCGCCGCCUCCCCCGCACGCGUCGGAUGGAGGACAGCACGUCCAACCCGCGCCCCACGAACCGGGCUUCUGCUACUACCAGAACCCGAAGCAAGCCGCUGCAGGAGACUCGCACUGGACGGCCGAGCCGCUCCCUGCGCCCGAGGGGAUCCGAUUUGUGUCUCAGUGGAAGCCGCCGCGCCCCCAACAGCCGCCGCCGCAGCCCCAACAGACCACACGCAACCAGGGCGCGCCGAUGGGCGGAUACAGCAACGCGCGCCAGACGCAACCCCAGAACGGCUACGGCACGCUGCGAGCGGACAUGCGGACUGCGAGCCCUAUGGACCCACACGCGGCGUUCGGACCUGGGGGCUACAGGAGCGUGAGCGCGCAGAUCGCGCCCCAGCACACGGGGUACGCGAACUCGCGUACCGCGCCUGGGCCUGCGGGGUACACCAACGCGCGCGCAGGCCCCUCCAACCUGUCCUACGCCAGCGCGAGGGCCGCCCCUCUGAACUCGAGCUACGCGAACGCGCACCCGGGCCCCUCUACGGGGAGCUACUACGGCGCGCAGACUGGGAUGCCCUACAACGGGUACGCUAGCCCGCGUGUGAACGCCUUCGGCGGGAGCUACGGUGGGCCGCAGCAGAUCCCCGGUGGUACUCACUUCCAGGACGGCCCGCCGCCGGCGUACGACUAUCCCCGCGAGCAGCAGCAGCAGCGGGGCGGGGGCAACCGCGCGCGCCGCGCCGCGAAGCAGCAGGCGGCAAACUACCCGCCGUACGGUAUGCGCAGAUAG